AUGAGAGCCGCAGGGACGUGCCCGGCGAAGAACAACCAACGAUGCCCGAGGUCUGCUCCGAAAGUGUGCACCAGCGACACGGAAUGCACCCAGGGCCAGGUCUGCUGCCAGGGGUGCGAUGCGAACAAGGUCUGCAUGAGAGCCGAAAUACCUGAAAUGCGACAUCUCUAUAUUUUUCAGACGAAAAUGAAUGCCCAGAAUCCGACGAUAUCCAUUGCCCAAAGUGAUGAGCUGCAGCGACACGACCUGCGCCAGCGGCCAGACUUGCGCGAUGGUCCAGCCCAACUGCGACCAUCACAGCGCCUCCUGCUUCCUCAAGCCAACCUGCCUCCCUGCAGGUGCCAGUACGUGCAAUGGCGUACAAUGCGAAACGGGACGCGUGUGCGUGCUGCAAGAGGCGAAGAGCUGCACCGCCCCGCCGUGUAACCCUACUACCAAGUGCGUCAGACCACGAGGAGAUCAUGGUCAUCCGCAUAAACUUGUUAAACGUCAUUAACUGGCCCAAAUUAUGGGGUAAUGAAAAUGUUUCCUUUUCCUUUUCCGUUUCCAAUUCUGAACAAUCUUCCAAAUUCUCACUGAAGUUAACGCACGUACCAAAUUUCACUUACACAUUUCUUCGGCGCACAUGCCUUCAGCUGGCAUUUUCCCCUGUAAGCUAUGAAUUUCUUCAUUCUGGAAUCAAUCUCAACUUGAACCACAUAACUAAAUAAAGGCUGCUUUGCAAUCUCAA